AUGAAAGUCAAAAUAAACGAAGUUCACAGUGUGUUUGCUUGGUCAUGGCACAUCCCUAGCACAUCAGAUGAGAACGCAACUAAUAAGAACCUAAAUGACAAUGAUGAAGAUGAAGAUGUCUGUGGUAUAUGUCGCGCCAGUUAUAACGGUACCUGUCCAAGCUGUAAAUUUCCAGGCGAUCAAUGUCCUUUAGUAAUUGGAGUAUGUCAUCAUAAUUUUCAUGAUCAUUGCAUAUAUCGAUGGCUUGACACACCAACCUCAAAAGGACUGUGUCCGAUGUGUAGGCAAACUUUCCAGCUACAGAAGGGCCUAGCAAUCAAUGACGCACAUGUUCAAAAGUUUGUUGAAAUAGUUUCAAGAAGAAGAGAAGAAAUGAUAGAAGAGGGCGUAGCAGAGGAGUUUGUGGAUUUUGAUGAACCAAUGCGGCAAAAUACAGAUAACGCAAUCGAUAGACAGCAAGUUGAUACCAUUUUGGAUGAAGACUUCUUGUUACGAUAA